GCGAUUGACCUCUACAAAGCUCUUAUAUAAUGCCAUUCAUGGUGGUGUAGCUUCCACUGCUUGCUGCUAAGGAACACCCGUAGAAGCCACUCUUCUUCGCCAUUGUCGGGUUCCAGAGCUGCUGCAGAUAGGGUUUAGGGUGUUCGAUAGGAGGACGACGAUGAGCCGCCGCAGAGGCCAGAAGGUGGACCUGAAGCUGAACCUGGCGCCGCCGCCGCCGACGAGAGGAGACACGUCGAGAAGGGCGGCUGCCGCCGCUGUCAGCGACGGGGAGUCCUCGCCGAGCUCGUGCCUGUCGUCCGACGCCGACAGCCCCGAAGCGACGUCGUCGAUGGUGCUCGCCGCCUGCCCCCGGUGCCUCAUGUACGUCAUGCUCUCCAAGGAUGACGCCAGGUGUCCCAAGUGCAAGAGCGCCGUCCUCCUCGACUUCCUCCACGACUCCACCACCACCAAGACGACCAGGAAGCCCUGAACUCAGCCACAGCGGGCCGAGUCAUCGUUCUUUACUGCGUCUCCUGGUCUUCUUCCUUGGCCGUCUCUCCUCUCUGUGCUCGUUCUCCUUGUCUUCUCUUUGAAGGUGAUGUUAAAGCUGCAAUCUUUACUGCCUCACGUUCUUGAUGUUGAACGUGGAGAAGUGGGGUAUGAUUUAUGGGUUUCUUAG